GCGCUCUCUCUCUCUGCUUCUCUUGCGACGAAAGGAGAAGAAGACGCAUGUUCUUGGAAAUACACAUGAUAAACCUGCUGUGAUCUGAGUCUCACACUGUCAUGCUGGACUAUUGCUCUAAAGCAUGUGGGUUCCAGGCAUGAGGGUGUGUGUGAAGGGACUCACUUCCACUGAUGGAAAUUGACACGAUGAGUGACUGUGAUUGAGGAUAAUAAUGAUGGAAGACAGAGUGAUCCAUCCCCAGGCCAAGCCAGAGCGUUUCUCCUCAACCCUCCCUGUUCUUCACCGACAGACUUCCUGAAGGAUACAUUGACCUUCACACAUCCAACUUGCCUGACAACCUGGCACAGUGUAAAUUGAAGAAAGGUUGCUCUUUUACUCUCUGCCAAGGACUAGACAACGACUACAAAAAGGCCAAAGCUUUAGGGACCAGGCAUCAGCAGAAAUCUGUUCUGUCUCACUGCGGUAACAAAUGAGCCUUUAUUUGUGAAGUUAACAGUGCUAACAGCUGACUCCAUAAGGACCCAUUUCUAGUUCAAGGUAAUAGGGGGCCAAGAUGAAGAAGACUGCGUUCUUGGCUUGUUUGUUAGCGGAGCUAGCUCUGACAGCUUUUGUUCUGGCCUCGGAGGGGGGCGCUGCUCAUUGUCCUGCAUUGUGCCGGUGUGAGAUACGACCCUGGUUCUCUCCAAGCUCUAUUUAUACAGAGGCUCUCACGGUGGACUGUAAUGACUUAGGCCUAUCGUCAAUGCCAGAGAAACUGCCCUCAGACACACAGGUGCUACUGUUACAGACCAACAAUAUCAUCAGUGUUGAGAAACCUUUGGAUUACCUGGCUAAUAUCACUGAGAUAGAUUUAUCCCAGAAUAACAUAUCCUCUGUGAGUGAUGUCCAUCUGGGUCCUCUUACCCAGCUGCUGUCACUGCACAUGGAGGAGAACUGGGUUCAGGCCCUGUCAGACAACUGUCUCCCAUCCCUGGACAACCUCCAGGAGUUCUACAUCAACCACAACCUGAUCUCAUCCAUCAGUCCUGGUGCCUUUAGAGGGCUAGGGAGGCUCCUGCGGCUCCAUCUCAACUCCAACCACCUCAGGGGCAUCAACAGGGUGUGGUUUCAGCCUCUACCCCGCCUGGAGAUCCUGAUGAUUGGGGAGAACCCCAUUCUUCAAUUGUCAGACAUGAACUUCAAGCCCUUGGUCAACCUACGCAGCUUGGUUUUGGCCAGGAUGAAUCUCUCCGAAAUCCCAGAUGACACUCUGGUCGGCCUCGACAACCUGGAGAGUGUUUCAUUUUUUGACAACCUGUUUGACAGAGUGCCACAGGCCGCUCUGAAGAAAGCCAAGAGCCUGAAGUUUCUGGAUCUCAACAAGAACCCCAUCGAGAGGAUUCAGAGAGGGGACUUUGUGGACAUGAUCCACCUCAAAGAGUUGGGCAUCAACAGCAUGCCUGCGCUGGUGUCCAUCGACAGCUUUGCCCUCAACAAUCUUCCUGAGUUGACCAAGAUUGAGGCCACCAACAACCCCAAGCUCUCCUACAUUCACCCCAAUGCCUUCCACAAGUUGCCGAGACUCGAAACACUGAUGCUGAACAGCAAUGCCCUCAGCGCCUUGCACCACAGCACUGUGGACUCCCUGCCCAACCUGCGUGAGGUUAGCAUGCACAGCAACCCCAUCCGCUGCGACUGCGUCAUCCGCUGGAUCAACAUGAACCAGACCGGCGUGCGCUUCAUGGAGCCAGAUUCCCUCUUCUGCGUGGAUCCGCCGGAGUACCAGGGCCAGCACGUCCGCAAGGUCCACUUCAGGGAGAUGACUGAGAUUUGCCUCCCGCUCAUCUCGACCGGGAGCCUCCCAGAUCGUGUCAGCGUUGGGAAAAGGAGCUCGGUGACGCUUCACUGCCGGGCAUUCGGAGAGCCGGAGCCAGAGAUAUACUGGGUCACCCCCUCCGGGGACAGAGUCCUGCCCAACAGCGUGUCUGAUAAGUACUACAUGCAUCCAGAGGGGACCUUUGACAUCUAUGACACUACCAUGCUUGAGGCAGGGCUGUACACCUGUGUUGCUCACAAUCUUGUUGGUGCAGACCUCAAGUCUGUUUUGUUGGUGGUAGAUGGAUACUUUCCACAUCCUUCUGAUAAUGGCAAUGCUUUACAUGUGGACGUUAGAUCAGUGCAGCCCAACUCUGUUUCGGUGUCUUGGGAUAACACUCACGGUGGUCUUAUAUCCAGCAUAAAGUGGUUCACAAUGGCGAAUGCUAAGCAUCCCUCCAUGGCAUACACUGCUAGAGUACCAACCGAUGUGAAGGUGUAUCGUCUCACCCACCUAAACCCCUCCACCCAGUACCGGGUGUGUGUGGAAGUCACGAGCAUGCAGAUCGGACACAACAGGGACUGUGUCAAUGUCACCACAAAGGGACCGGCUCACAUCAUCGAGAGCAGUGAGAAGUGGGACACAGUGAUGAUGGCUGCAUGUGCUGUGCUUUUCAUCGUGGUUGCUGUGGCUUGCUCCAUCAUAUACACAUCUCUGCAAAGCCAACACUUUUACAGGAAGUUGAUGGUGGACCAAACUGAGUCAAUGCUGAGUCCUAGCACCCGCCCCGGCUCCGCCUCUUCUCUCACAGAACUCUGUGUGGCUGGAGUCAAGGUGAAGGUGACUGUAAUAGACUUGCCAGACAACUCCAUGUAAAGAAAGAAACGGCCUUGGAGCAGGAAAAUUAAUGUUCUGGAUUUUAAACAAGGUGAAAGAAUGUUGGACAUGUGUGAUUCAUGUGCCCUCUUCAUGACAAUGACAGAGUAUUGGGUUCUGGAACUCCUGGAACUUGGAACACAUCAUGGAACCAUAAACCGGCGCCCUCACGCAUAAAUACGUAACCAGCCAAUCCCAGACCCACAGACUCUUUUAUACAACAAAAUUAUGUCAUUGCAGCAAAAACAUGCACAGACAGGUAUCUAGAUUGCGAUAUACGUGGCUACUGAUCGGUCAUUCAUGCAGUGCAACUGCAAAAAGCACAGCACAAAGACUGUGUAGUCUCUCUCGGUUAUUGACUUGUGCUUUAUAACGCCUUGUGGAGAUGUAUUUGUGGUCCACAAUGAGGAAUAUUUUCUGUGCUGUUUAAAUAACACUCAAGGGCCAUAAGUAAGAAAUACCACUCGUAUACAGUUUAUAAUGGGCAAAACUUGUUAGACUAGUAGACAAUAACAGUGUAUAUGUAAACAAUUUUAUGAUCAAAUAUUUUUUUUCAUUAAAAACAGUACAUUGUAUUUUAAUCGAAAUGUAAUGCUUUCUCUUACUUACUUGAAAUUGUAAUUACGAAAGACCCAACUUCAAGGAUGAAUACAAUAUUGGGAUGCUCUGAAAGGAACAAUCUAAGCUUCCUUUAUCAAUAACAUUCAGCUAUCCAUGAAAUGCAAAAUGUUAUAAUUCAUAAAUAUGAAUCCCAUAAAUCUUUUCAUAUCACUGUCUAAACCAUGCAAAAGGAAAACAGUGUGAUGUAGACAAACACAAUUACUGGGACUGCCCUUGAAGGCGGACAUUUUAACAUUGUUACUAAAAUGCAAUCUCAGGCAGGACGACGUGUUUUGGCAAUGACUGGGGAGUAAGAGAGAGUGUGUGUGUGUAUAUAACUUUACACACGGUACUUUAUAUGUGUGUGUGUGUGCGGCAUCAGAGAAACCCAAUGACUUUGAAUUGCAAUAUAUUCUCUUUCAUUUAAAACCCAAUAUGGAUUCCUAACAUAAACCUCAGAGAGGUGAUGAAUCGGCGUCACAUGCGGACUGAUGGGGGCAUUUAUCAGAGGGACUCCGCCAUAUAUCAACUGAGUUUCAGCACCUUGGACAGGGCUUUUAGAGUGGAGCCAUUUGUCACCGCCAUGGGAGCUAAAAUAUGACCCAUUAGAGCGCAGGUAGUGCAUAGGUCAGCGAGAACACAUGGAGGCUGCUAGUACCGGAGCGCGGUGCAGUGCGUCCCUUCCCUCCGUGACACUGGCGAGACACGGAUGCCAUUACAGGAACAGCUCAGCAACUCUUGGGCUCGUUUGUUAAGCACUUUACAUUAUCGCCACCCACCGAGAGGGGAAGGAGACAAAUGGAGCGCAAAACGAGGACAAAGUGUCUACUAGGGCUAGAAGUCAGUAUGAACAGGGACAGGAUAGACAAGAUGCAGGUUUCGACAUAUUGAAGGUGGAACAACAGUACUGCUGUAGGUAUUAGAGAUGUGUGUAUGGUUUUAUUUGACUGCACAGUGAGAUAAUUGCACAACAAGAUAACAACAAGAUAAGAAUGCUCAUUAAGGGAACUUGAGUCUUUAGUAUAUUCCCUGGUUCAUUAGGGUAGCUUACUUGAAAGGAGAGCUCUCAGAGAAGAACUGACAGGACCUCCAAGGAGGUUUCAUCACACAUUUUUUACUCCUCCUUUUGCCUAGUUUGAACUCCAGAUAACCCCACAUGAGAGCCAAUGAUAUGUCAACAUGCAGUCCACUCAGAGAAAAGGAAAUAAUAUCUCGUAAAAUGUUCACACAUGCAAAAAAGCUAUUUUCCAAUAAAGGCCCGAUGGCAAUAUGCCCUUCUGUUGUUAUUGUUUGUGCACCACCUGGGGGCACGCAAUAUGGUGAGAAAAACAGGAAAGAAACUGUUACAUAUAUUUAGUAUUGCUCACAUAAACUCCCACCGUGCCAUAUUACAAGGAAUUGUAACUGUUAAAAUUCCUUGCCGUAAUAGCACUAAGAAAUUGUUCCUAACAAUAAAAAAGUUCAACCCCUUUGGAUAUCAGUGUUUUCUGCGCACCAGUGUCAAUCAACAGGGGUUAAAAAUGUAGGUGCCAUAUCUUUCAGUGAAUUAAGUUAAUAUUGGAACGGGGGGAUGUGUUAAAUCACCCAAUCCCUCACCAAUAACAGUAGGAACACUGGUGGGCCGCCCUCUUGUGUAGAUAUGAUUAACCCACUGAUCAUUCUCUCAGGGAAAUAUACCCUGUAUGACAAAUAGACAGCAGAUGAUAUACUGUAAUUGCAUUAUGAUAGCCAUGGGGAGAUCUGGGAAAAUUAGCAGGCAAAGUAAUAAAUUGUCGUUUUUAAUAUCAUCUUCCAGCCAGGACAGAACAGUAUUUGGUUGAUUGCACAUCUGUAAUUAGGAUAUUAUCAUUGAAGGUGACAAAUUCUUUGCUUAGGGAAUUCAGAGCUUUACACAGUGAUUUAUGUGAAAAUAUGGGAUACAGGUGUGUAUAGCCUUGAAUGGCAAAUGUAUAAUCCUUGAAUAUUUACCCAACAACUAAAGAAAUACAAACAACUCAACAGAGGAAGUAGAAUAUUAGUUCAAUACAUCGGUUAAAUUAGCAGGUGUAGAUACUCUCAAUUAGAAAGCUGUGCUGUGGUGCAAAUCAAAUGAACAUUUUAGUCACAGAGAGUGACGGAGGACAGGGUUUUGUGCAGUCUUCUGCUGUUGUUUAUUUUCAUUUGUGGAAAACAUCUGAAUAGCCUAAUGACCUCUAGUUGAAGUAAACAAAUAUCUCUCAUAAUGUUUCCACUUCUAAAAUGCCCAAUUCAUCUGAAACUUGUUUGGCCAGAUAAUAGCCUAUUUUUCUUUCUUCUACAAAAGGUUGUGUGAAAUCAUCCCAUUUUGAAAUAUUUCCCCAUUAUCCUGUUGUAUUUGGGAUAGACCUCCUGCUCGUUGCUUGGAGUAGCCUACGACAUAAAAAUAAGAAUGUUCACAUUUCUCAAGCUUUCCUCAAACUGCACCCUGGGGCUUGAAGUAAUUAUUUCCCCACUCAGUGGUCCAUUAGGAUAAAACCACACUGGUGACUUUUUGUGAUCUUGUAUUGGGACUUUGUGUGAUUGUAUCAUUAUCUAAACUCUGAAACAGGGAUACUUCAUCUUUGCUGAUAAACUGGAUAUGAUUAUGAACAACUGAAAACAUUGGUUCUUUUAUACUUUUGAUUAGUUUUUGAAUGUUUGAAUGGGAGUUGAAGACUGCUCUCCCUUACUCACUUUUAUACCCCUUCUUUCACAAAAUCAUAUUGGAUAAAACAGAAAUAAAACAUUCAACAAAGGGAGAACACA